AUGUCCUUGCGCUCCAACAUUCCGACGCCUCCGCCUCUCGAUGGCGAGGAAGACAAGACCUCCGUCGACAAGCAGUCGUCACAUGUCGCGACCUCUUCGCAGUCGGCCCAGUACGAACGGAAGAUGGGCGACACCGAGCUCUCGUACUUCUUGCCGUCUCGCCACACGGGUGUGAACGAUAUGUACCUACAUCUCGCAUUCGACGCUCCGCUGCAUCUUCUGCGUCGGGCACGCGUUUGUCUAGUGUGGGCCAUUCUCAGGCUCCGCCAUCCACUGCUAUCCGCCAAGGUUGUGAUGCACGACUAUGAUGACGUGCGCUUUGUCUACGAUGUGCCAUCGGACCCGGAGGACGCCUUGGUCAGCGCCGAGGCCGCAUUAGAGUUUCGUUCCCAGACUAAGGAUGAGCUAGUGGACUCGUACCUGAACGGCCCGCGGACGCUAUCCAACUCCCGACUCUCCUACCUCGUCAUCUCUCAGCCUGCACUCAGCGCUAUACCCACACCACCUCGGACGCCCUCGCCAUCCCGUGACGGAUUCACGGCCACAGAAGACCUUGCACGAUCGACAGCCCUCCAGACAAACCCAGACGCAUCGAUUGGCCGCUUCGAUGUCCUUUUCGCCGCGAUGCAUUUCCUCGGCGACGGCAUGGCACUGCACCAAUGUGCCAACGACUUCUUCGGGCUCGUGGCAUGCGGGAAGGGCGAUGACGAGCUAGCCCAGAUGCUGGCUGACGAAUGGGAAAAGCGGUUUGCAAUCGCCGCCGUUCACUCGGAUUCAGCACUGCCAGUGCCCCUGGAGGCCGGCUCGCUGAACCCCGCUCACGGUUGCAGAAGGCUGCCGCCGAGGUUGAUUUCCGACUCUCAGAGAGUACCCUGGUCGGAGGCCAGGCGUUCCCAAAACGGAAACACCCGACCGCCACACCGUCUUGCUGAACAAGGACUAUCCUUCCGACCUGACGAAGGCGAUCCUGAAGAAGUGCAAGCAGAAGGGGAUGGGCGGGGGGAAGCCGAGCUGCCGACGAUGAUGUACUCCGCGCUGAACCUCAGGCCAUACUUCACGCCGACGAAGUUGCUGCACGACUCGUACUGGUUCCUUGCCAUCGGGUACUUCAACGUCAUCCUCCCCAGCUUCCUGCCCUCGUCCGACCAGGAGAAGACGUUCUGGCACCGCGCGCGGCAGGCGAAAUCGCAGAGCAUACAGGCGGCGAAGAACAAGAUGAUCGUUUCACGCACUCGGGAGAUGGCCCAGGAGCGGGCGGAACGUUCGCGGUGUGGGCGAAGGAAGACGACGAGAGGGAACGGGGCACCUGGGUCGCGCCGGCUCCUGCCCUGCGUCCCUAGCGUCAAGGACAUCCUCCCGGUCCGUCCCUCCGCACCGUCCUCUGCGCUGAUGGGUCUGUCGCUCUUGGGCAACCUCGAUGCCAUGUAUACGGCUGCGGCGUAUCCGGACCUGAAGCUGCGCGGGUGA